GCCCAGCUUCAGACUUAGACCGCGACGACUUCCACCUCUACACAUACCACAUACUUGUAGAGAAUGCCGAAGAACAAAGGCAAGGGUGGUAAGAACAGGAGACGUGGAAAGAACGAAAACGAUGACAACAAGCGCGAGCUCGUCUUCCGUGAGGAUGGCCAGGAAUACGCCCAGGUCACGAAGAUGCUUGGAAACGGCCGGCUUGAGGCUCAGUGCUUCGACGGCGAGAAGCGGUUAGCCCAUAUUCGUGGAAAGAUGAGGAAGAAGGUCUGGAUCAACCAAGGAGACAUCAUUCUCAUCUCUCUCCGUGACUUCCAAGACGACAAAGCGGACGUCAUCGUCAAGUAUACGGCGGAUGAGGCCCGUAGUUUGAAAGCGUACGGCGAACUGCCAGAAAAUGCGAAGAUCAAUGAGACUGAGACCUUCGGCGAGGAAGAGGGCGAGUGCACAUUCGAGUUCGGCGACGACGAGGAAGUCGACAUCGACGACAUUUGAUUUUCCUGCACGGAAUCUGUUCUGUAUCUUUAAACACACGAUCGGUACGCCCCGGCCCUUCAUGUAGAAACAGAUAUCUCGUCUCAUUCUUUUGUAGUAGAUGUUGUAUACAUCGCUUUCCAUCCUUCCUCAUGCUCUCUACUCUUGACUUUCUUGUGCAUUCUUCUCAUGACCCUCACGCAUCGUUACUCUCGCUGUAUGUCAGGCUUUGAAGGACCCUAAUUCGACGUCCGACUCAUUGCAGAU